UCACUCUUAUAGAUUAAUCUCUUCCGAACCUUAACCUCUUUUUAAUUUUCUUUUAAUUAUUAUUUUCUCAAAAUUUCUUUUAAUUCCUUCUCCUCGUUAUUUUAUCGUUUUAUUUAGCAUUUAAUUAAAGACUAUGCCAGGUGCCAUUAUGGAGUGCGGGGACUUUAGCGAAUUUCAAGAUGCAUUAAAGAAUAUGCGUAAAGUGGACGAUAUCAUAAUAAACACACUCAACGCUGCUAUACCGACGCAUUCUUUCCAUCCAGAUGCAAGCAAAUCCUGCAAGGAACUCCAGGGUCAGAUUCAGGAGGGCAAUGUGCAGAGGGAACAAGCAAUCAAGAAAUGCAUCACAGUUUCUGCUGAUCGCGUGAAGAAACUCAGAGAGCAACGUGAGACUGAUCUAGGUGAUAUUAGUAUAUCAAAAUCUCUGCGAGCUGAACAAACAAAGCUGAGAAUGCUGCAAGUUGAACUCAGUGUUGAGGAUAUGGUGAAAGAAAGGACCUCCAAAGUCUUCAAUGAAAGAUGCAGGAAAUACUUGAAGGAAUGAUCUCUUUGUGUGGGGAUCUAGUAGACUGGAUGUUUGUAGGAAGACAUAUAUAAAUUGGAUUGAUUUUUUGGGAGUUGAAAAGACAUUUUGCUCAAUCAAUUUGUAAGCUGUUGCCUGACUGGUUUCUACUGCUUUAGAUUCAGUCAACAGUUUGUUUCUCUUUCCUCUCCUUACCUGUUGAACAUUUUUGUACAUUCAUAUACCAUAAAUAAUAUGUAAUUACAACAUUAAAAUUUAUAAUUUUCAAUUCUUA